CUUAACCUCUUCCCUUACUGGAGGGAAACACACGGACACGUGAGGAACCUACCUAAAUUCUUGGCUCGCCGUGCGAGGUUUGACCCUUGACUUUUAUCUCUUUGUGCUGCUGGUAAAAAGACAAGUGCAUCCAGAGAGGGUCUCUUAAGCAAACAGAGACCCCCCUCCCAAAGGUGAGAGGGGGGGGAAGAUGGCAGCUCUUGCCAGUUCUCUCAUCAGACAAAAACGGGCAGUCAAGGAUGACCAAGCCAACCGGCCAAUAGCCAACAAACGCAAGCCGUGCCCCAAGAGCAACAAGUCUCUUUGCCAGAAACAAAUUCUUGUUCUCAUAUCAAAAGUACGAUUAUGUGGCAGCCGCAGAGGAAGAACAGACAAAAGACCAGAGCCACAGCUAAAAGGCAUCGUCACCCGUCUGUACAGCCAGCACGGCUACUACCUGCAGAUGCUGCCGGAUGGCACCAUGGACGGCACAAGGGAUGAGAACAGCUGCUUCUCACAGUUCAACUUGAUUCCUGUGGGUCUGCGGAUAGUGGCGAUUCAGGGAGCGAAGACUGGCUUCUACCUGGGCAUGAACAGCGAGGGAUUCCUCUACACCUCCGAGAAUUUCAACCCAGAAUGCAAAUUCAAAGAGAGUGUGUUUGAGAACUACUAUGUGACGUACUCCUCCAUGCUGUACCGCCAAAGCCAGUCUGGACGCUCGUGGUAUAUCGGCAUCAACCGGGAUGGCCAAGUGAUGAAGGGCAACCGCGUGAAGAAGACCAAAGCAGCCGCACACUUCCUACCUAAAGUCAUCGAAGUGGCCAUGUACAAGGAACCUUCACUGCAUGAGCUCGUAGCGGAGCAGAGUCCUCCACGCAAAACCGUAAAGACUUCAGACUCCCCGUCUCACCAGAAUGGCAGGAAAGAGGCCCCCAGAGCUGACGCUUCUUAGCACAGGGGACACACGCAGGGAGGGUGAGGGACUACAUAGACACUGAGAACUCCAUUUUACUUCAUGCAGCGAGGGCAGGAAGAGCUGUGUGAGCGGCUGUUAGCUGUGGGUUUUUGAAUGGGGCAAGAUCAGACAGAUGAGCGGAGAAUCCCUGCCUCUCUCCGUCGAACUAGCUCAUAUAUUUCCACUGACCCGGCAUGACACCUGAACCCCCCCCC